CCGUGACCUGAAGUGCGACCUGAGGUCAGAUAUUAUCGAUAGGUCACCGGGCGCCAGCCCCAGCGGCGGCCUCCGCCAUGGAUUAUGAGAAAGAUGACCAGGAACAACUGGUCGAAGACAAUCGCCCAAUUACGUGGAAAGAUGGGGUGUCGGACGCGCUGACAAGCCGGCCGGCUCUCUUCACCUACCUGACCGUGACGUGCGUCACCAUCGGCCUUCUGAUCCCGAUGUGGUUCCUGAUAUACUACCCGCUGGACCUGGAGAUGGCCAUCUACACCCGAGGCAGCUGCAUGAUAGCCACCAAGUACAGGUUCCCGUGCCUGGUAGGUGAAGAGAACACCACAGACCUGACCUGCGCGCUGGCUGGCUGCUGCUGGUACGACGAAGAAGGCAGCGCAGACCAGGGCCCAGCCAAAUGUUUCCACUCCAUGCCGGCCUCCUAUACGUACAAAAUGCACAACUCAACCGUGGGCCCCAACUCCAUCUCCGCCGACCUGACGGCCUACUCGUUCGCGGACGCGGAGGCCCGACGCGCGGUGCGCACCCCAUACAACAACAGCGCCCUGCCGCACGUCACCGCCUCGGUCACCAUCGCGGAGCCGGAGCGGGUGCUGCUCGAGGUGGGCCCGCCGCCGGCGGUGGCGCUCACCGCCAACUCCGACUCCCACCCUGUGUCGGUGAACGGCUCCGUCCUCACCAUCGCCUCCAACACCGGCCCAGAGUGGGACUUUUUCGCCGUGGUGUCGCGCACAUCCACGGGCCAGGCGCUGGUCGACACCCGACUCGGCGCCACCAUCGUCAGCGACCAGUACACCGAGUUCACUGUCGUGCCGGCCUCAACGGCCGUCUACGGCCUCGGCCAGGCCUUCCACUCGACGCUGAGGCGGACGUUCGACUGGCCGCCGCGCACGGCCAUGUUCGGCAGGUCGCGGCUCUUCUCCGAGGGCAGCCACCCGUUCUACAUGUGCAUCGAGCCGAGCGGCGACGUGCACGGUGUCUACCUGGAGACGUCUGCGCCCGUAGAGGUGCAGCUGAUGCCGGGCCCGAGCAUCACGUUCCGGGUGCUGGACAGCCGGGUGAAGCUGCACGUGCUGGCCGGUCCGACGCCGGCCGAUGUCACCGACCAGUACACCCAGCUGGUGGGCCGGCCGCGCCUGCCGCCGCUCUGGGCACUGGGAUUCCACCUCUGUCGCGAAGGAGACGUCGGCAGCUUUGACACGGUGAUGGAACAGAUGGUGGCCAGCAGGAUUCCGUUCGAGUCUGACUGUGUGGACGCCACAGCGCUGCUGCCGCUCGGGUUUGAGGCCUCCGAGGAGUUCCUCAACGGCUCGCAGAAACUGCACGCGAUGAACCGGCACGUGAUGGCCGCGGUGGCGCCGCACCUUCCUCUGUACCGCGACCCCGUGGGUGAGGAGAACACUGCGUACCCGCCAUACGAGGAUGCCGACGUGCAGGGUCUCCUCCUGCGGAACGACAACAACACGGACAACGUGUACGGAGAGCUGUACGACCUGAGCAGGAACCGCACCUGGAAUGUCUCCUACGUCGACUACUCAAACCCAGCCACCGUGGGCUGGGCGAAGCCGCUCUAUCAGGGGCUGAUCACCAAUAACAGCAUCGACGGCUUCUUCCUGAUGCGUAACACUCCGACCAACGAUGGCGAAGACAUGUGCAACGACUCUCUGCCGUUUGUCCCGAACUUGGGCGACUCGAAGACGCUUUCCAACGGCACCGUGUGCAUGCUGUCCAAACAGGCGUCCGGUGAUCACCUCACCAGUCACAACCGUUAUGGCCAGGAGCAGACUCGUACUGUGCGCGAGGCGACAAAUGACACCUUCCCAAGUCUGAUGCUGACCAGCACCUCAACCUCGCCUGGAAGCGGAUUGCAAGGCGGUCAUUUUGCCACGGGUAUGACGGCGGACUGGACAAGCCUGUCGCUCGCACUGGUGGAAACGUUGGAGCUGGGUCUGUACGGAAUCCCUCAGAGCGGUUACCCCAUCUGUGGCUCCCGAAACUCCACCAGCAUCCCGACGGACGACACGGAGCGGCUGGAGACGCUGUGUCUGCUCUGGUACCAGCUGCUGCCGUACCUGCCGCUGGCCGUCAGCCACUACGAGGCCGGCCACCUGCCGCGCAACCCCACGCAGAUGAGCUCGUCGUUCAAGCUGAGUGUGCUGGCCCAGGUCAGCCAGCGGUACGUGUUUAUUCCCUACCACUACACCCUGCUGGUGGAGGCCAGUCAGACGGGCGUGCCGCCGCUGCGGCCGCUCUGGUACGAGUUCGCGCAGGACAACGCCACCUGGGACAUUGACCAGCAGCUGCUGCUGGGACCGGCGCUGAUGAUCGCGCCGGCGCUCACCGAGGGCCAGCAGAUCGUCGAGCUCUACCUGCCCGGCUCCUGCUGGUACGAGUACUUCCAGGGCUUCCGACCGAAGGAUGACAUCGGCCCCGGCUGGGUGAAGCUGCCGGUACCCGCUCAGCAGACCCUCAUCUACCAGAGGGCCGGCAGCGUCAUUUUCAAUCAGCAAGCGUCCGAGACGCUAUCUCAGCAGCGAGUGGACGGCACGUACUCGGCCACGGUGGCGCUGACCUGCGAGGAGGGCUACCAGGCGUCGGGCACCCUCUACCUGCCGGGCGACGACGCGGCGAUCGGACCGGGCAGCGUUACCGUCACGGUGCGCGACAACUCCACCGUGGAGAUCGUCAGCGGCCUCAGCCGACCGUUCUGCGACUUCUACUACAACAACAACUACACCUCGGUGCUGAAGCAGGUCCAGAUGUUCGGCAUCACGGAGAGUGUGACGAACGUGACGCUGGCGCUGACGCCGGCCGGCGGCGCGCCGCUGCCGCCCACUGUACUGGCGCCGAAACACCAGACGCUGGAGCCGCCGGCGCUGAUCGUGCAGGAUGUCAACCUGGACUGGUGCCUGUUCGAGAGGGCCGAGAUCACCUGGACCGUCGCCGAGCUGGUCUGAAGUCGGUGCAGAGGAUAAGAACGAGGAGGGCAUUCUGAAGGUGUAUUGACGAGAAUGCAUGAAUAGUCAUUGAUGGUGCUAGAGCUGUAAUGCUAUGAAAGCGAUGGGAGCUCGGUUUUGCUGCAUUGAGUCAUGUUGGUGUUGAAUUCGGGAUGUGUCUUCUUUCUUUGAACAUACAAAGAAAAACCGUUUGUACCCAAACAGCAAUGGUAAACGGUAUUUGAGGCGUGGUUGGCUGUUCACGUAUUUUGUUCCCUCUUAAGCCUAUAACUUACCUAAUGGAUUUAAUUAACUUGGUAAUUGGUAUAUUGAUGCCGUCACUAUCCAAGAGGAAUACUCCCAAAUUAUUUGUGACCAAUCAUGGUACCUAUGCAGACACUGUCAACCACCUUUUUUCAAUCCGAAUCGGCAUCCGGUCAGUUAGUUUGGGCAGAUCUGCAUUAGGAACGUCAGCUUGAGUGCGCUUUCGACAAACCACGCCUCAAACUCGGCAUAGUGCAACAGCGUGACAUGGGGCAUUUAAUGUCGGCAAUAAGCGUGGUUUCGACACUGGCCAAUGUAUUUCGGCACACGGCAUAGGACUGUGACAUCGGGCAUUGGAAAAAGGCAAAUUUCAUUUUACAAUGACGAUGGUCAUGCAAUUUCGUUGGCGGUAAAACAAGUUAAAUCGAACAAAUUUCGAACCAUAUUUUGUACAAUGAAGCGUUUCCAAUGCUUACCACUAGAAUUUAUAGCAUUUUUCCUUUUCUUAGACUUUCCUUGGAUUGAUGGAACACAAAAUACGCCAAGGCCGUGGUUUUAAGGUCUAAACGUUCUUUUUCUUUCUGUGGAUGGAGGGUGAGUAGGCUAGCAAGCCAUGUCAGAGUCGUGAGAUGAGAGGAUCAUCAAUGCGGAGGAAGCAUUUAGGUGAGUGCAGUGACCGAUGAGCUGCGGCGGCUGACAAGGCGCCGGAAUAAAACUGUCCCGCUACGGAUAUGUAGCCAAAGCGAUCGAUGGCCCAGCCCGUAGGGUUUCCACCUUUCCAGAAGGCAGUUUUUUUUUUGUCCAGAGAUACAGUUCACCAUGACUGACCGCCGUCCUGCAAACAUGACACGCCCAUUUCCAUCUCGGCAGACCUGAACCAUCCGCGCUGGCGGUCAGCGCCACUCACAAUGUGUCGACAGAUCGACACAAAUGAAAAAAAUCAAUAUUUUUGUUUUUCAUGCAAGAAAUACGGCUAAAACAAUGUCAACUUUAGAUGCGUUGAAAGGAUCGAGGCCCCGAAUGACCCCCGUCAACCUUUGGAUUCGCCUGGAGCGUGGCCCCGAAUGACCCUCGUCGCCCUUUGGAUUCGCCAGUGCUUCCACAUUGUCACAGAGUGACGCAAGGAUGGUGACCUCGAAUGAGGUCAGCUUGUGUGCCGGAAGUGGUUGAUGUUAGGGACGAACCGGUGUUAAGGUUCCAGAGCGACUGACGAAAUUAGGUGCCCGUUGCCGUAUUCGAAUGAACGGUUGCCGACUCGGAUUGAAAAAGGUGUGGUUACUUAGCAACCAAGCGCCCAUAUUUAGUGUCUCUUUACAGUACCGUGGUACAUUUUAACGCACAUUCUUAAAAUGCCUUUCCAAAAAGACAAGAGUUGCUUAAUUCACUGAUGACAUAGAUUGACCAUUGUCUAGCUUGGCUGCAAGCUGCCGACGUAAAAUGCAAUAUGACAAAACAGAAUGCCCUUUGUCGAUAUUAAAUGCCCCUGCUGUUGUUCAAUGACCCUGGUCGAAUAUCAACAGAUGCUAGUCUAAAUUCGUGAAACGUGUCGAAAUGUGUGCUCCAGUGUCGAGUUGUUGGAGUGCCUGUCGAGAUAAGGUGCCCGCUGCCGUAUUUGAAUGAACGGAUGCCGAUUCGGAUUGAAAAAAGGUGUAGGUAACCUAUACUGCAUGAGAGGCCGAACAAAUGUGAGGCUUUAUGAAUGGCUUUAUAUAAAUGAUAUGUAUGCCAAUGCACUAUAGGUAUCUAAUAAACAUGAUAACACCUACACAUGUAACAACAUACUCGUACGUAUUGUUACAUUACACUUCUUGAUGUGCAGCCUCGCUUUUAGUUCAUGCCGAGAUGAGCGUGACUCUUCUUUCGAAACACGUUACAGUUUAACACGUUAACCCGUCAAUCGUUAACGUAAAAAAAGAAAACACGUUAAACACUUACCUUCGAGUGCAAGAGUGAUGUGUGAGUUGUGACUAGUAUGAAGUGCAAACGUUGGCGCUCCCCUUAGCCCGACGUCAUUUCACGCAACAUGGUCUAACACGACGACG